CUCCUCUGUUCUUACCAAAGCUCUGUUUUCUUCUUUUUUCUUCCUUCCCUCAUGCAUGCGAAACAGGGGAGCGAGCAUCUCCUUCGACUCCUCCAAUGCCGCACCGCACAGCCAUUCCAAAUCAAGCAAGUACACGCCCUCCUCAUCACCAAUGGCCACCUCCUCGUCGCGCGCAACCGAUGGGCGAGCACCCUCCUGUUCAAUGCGCUCAUAAGAGGCUACUCCAACUUCGGCCAAGCUCGCCGGUCCCUCCUCCUCUUCACCCACAUGCUCGCUCACCGGGCGCCGCCCAAUGCCAUCACCUUCACUUCCCUCGUAAAAGCCGCAGCUUCGUCGGCUUCGUUGGGCAUGGCCCUUCAUGCCCAGAUGGUCAGACGAGGCGUGUCCUCUGACCCGUUUGUCCGAGUGUCCAUCAUUCAUUUCUACGCGCGAAUGGGCGAGCUGCCUGGUGCGUGUCGGGUGUUUGAGGAAAUUCCCAAGCCAUGUGUUGUGGCAUGCAAUGCGAUGCUUGAUGCGUUCGGCAAGAGUGGGGUGAUGGGCUCUGCUGUUUCGCUCUUUUCUAGGAUGCCGGAGCGCGACGUGGUGUCUUGGACUAGCGUGAUUAAUGGGCUCGGUAAUAAUCGGCGUUUCGGAGAGGCUCUUGAGUUUUUUCGAGACAUGAUGGUUCAUGAGGAUAUAAAGAGUGGUGUGGUGAAGCCAAAUGAAGUUACGUAUGUUAGCCUCCUCUCUUCAUGUGCUAAUUUGCCUGGAGGAGGUGCACGUUACUAUGGGAAGCAAAUACAUGGAUAUAUUGUCAGGAAUGACACUGGGCUGACGGCUUUUGUAGGGACCGCUUUGAUAGAUUUCUACGGCAAGACAAGUUCUCUUAGAAAUGCUAUAAAAGUUUUCAAUCGAAUGGUUGUCAAGGAGAUUUGCACGUGGAAUGCACUGAUUUCCUCCCUUGCUUGUAAUGGUGAAGAGAACAAGGCUCUUGCCAUGUUUGAGCAGAUGAAGAUGAAAGGCUUGUGCCCUAAUGGGGUAACUUUUGCUGCUGCUCUCACAAGUUGUGCACGUGGAGGAUUCGUGGACUGUGGUUUCAAAUUGUUUCGAUCUAUGGUCGAUGACUUUGGGUUGGUACCUGUAAUGGAGCACUAUGGAUGUAUGGUUGAUCUGUUGGGCAGAGCAGGACUUUUGAGGGAAGCGAUGGACUUCGUAAAGAGUAUGCCUUUCGAGCCUGAUGCUUCUGUUUUGGGAGCUCUGUUGGGUUCCUGUAAAAUCACGGAGCAAUAUCUUGGAAAUGAUGUAGGGAGAAGAUUGCUUGAGAUGCAGCCACGGCACUGCGGACGAUAUGUCACGUUAUCGAGUAUACACGCGGAGUUGAACGAAUGGACUUCUGCCGCUGAACUGAGGAAAGCAAUGGAAGGGCUCAAAAUUCGGAAAGUUCCAGCCUUUAGUCUAAUUGACUCCCAGUAGGAUGUAGCGUCACUUCUAUGUACUGGUUUUACUGUUUUGUCCAUGAAGAGAUCCGCAGAGUUCAACUCCUUUGAUACUUCUGGAUUGGGAGACGUGUACAGAGUGUAGAUCAAUCUGAUUUGUCUGAUCUUGGAAUUGUAUGAUCGACCUAUUCAUACAACGAGAUAGAGCCUGUGGUAACUGCUAAGGACAUUUUGCAACACAUGAUGUUCUCUCGGUUUUUGUCGGCCGGAACUUUUUAUGGAGUUGUGAAUCAUUGAAAUUUGAUUGCUCCAUCUUGGGCGAAAGCUUAUAAGAGGAAGUUAGUAAAUUGCAGAAAUUUUUCUUUGAAGCAUGAAAGCCAUCAGGAUACACUUUGAAGCACUUUCUUCAACCUCAAUGAUCAUAGCUUUAUGAAGUUUCUAUACUGAAGUACUUUCUAGGCUGCUGGCUGUGGCACUGUUCAUCCGCGGAGGCAGGAUAGGGUGACAAGUGCUCCUCUUUCACAGCGUAGGGGUCAGAAAAAGCGAUCCAGAAUAAUUGGUCUGCAUCCAUCAACCAAUUAUAUCUGUAAAGUUUCGGAUUCUUCAGCAUAUCCUCCAUUAUUGGUGUUUGGGAAGCUAGAAUAGGUAAGCACACCAUUAUCAGGUGGGCUUUUGAAGAUGCACGUGAAGACAUGGAGAUGUACGAUUGCGUCACGACUCAUUUUAUUACAACAUGGAGUCUAUCAUCUGGCUUCCAUUUAACCAGCUUGCAAAGCGACGAGUUUAAACUGAGAUGGAUCAAAAGGAUAAUGGAGGGCCUUUCUCACCCCUUCCGCCCACGAAGGAAGUUGAUUCUUCAAUUUGCCCAACGUCCCUCUCCUGCUGUACUCUGUAAAUCUGUGAAAUGCGAGAAACGCCAAGUUUGUUUAUAGAAGGCAAAUGCAGAGUUAUUAUGAAUAUUAUGC